UCUAAAAGAAGAAUUCCGGGAAACCCCUCCAAAACCCUGCCCGCUAAGCCCAACAUCACCAGAUUCCGACAAUCUUCCCGACGAAAAUGCCCGGCCUGACGUCAGAUCCCGGCGAAACCUCUCUCGUCCCAUUCUCGUCUGAAGUCGGCCCCGUGGUGUACCCGCUCCGCCACGGCCUCAAGCAUCCAAUCGCUGCUCGCUUCUCUAUCUCUUGGUCCCGUGGCAACUCCCUCCGAGUGUCGGGUUUUCAGUCCGAAGCCGACGACGGUGAAGUUGUUAGGGGGAAGGUCGUGGAAUUGAAGCUCGGCAGCGGAGAUGGCGAGAUCGACCACGCACAGUGGCGGAGGAUCGCCUACGGUUCGGUCUCUCCGUUUGCGCUUCUUCAGAGCCGUAAGAACUCGAUGGCGGCCGUGUCAAAACUGUCAGCGGUCUCGUCUCCAUAUGAUGCCGAGUGGUCGGAUUAUGUCAUGGAGUAUAGCCGUGAUAUAGGUUUUCUUCUUGGAGGUCACAAGUUGUCAUUGAGUGUAGGGAUUGAAGACACGAAGACAGUAUUAAAGAAAGUUGAGGAGCCAACCUGCUUGAAAGCUGCAUGGGAGUUGAUGGUGAUAUUUUAUGCAGACCACAAAUCUCAAGCUUGGACUCCUGAACAGCUUGUUGAUUGGUUAGCGGAUUAUGAUAGCUUACUGUCAGGAACUCAGCCAACAGUUCAUUCAAAACUUGUCAACUUUCAAAAGGAACUUACCAGUUUGCAGGCAAUUGAAGAUGAUGAUAAAUACUGGGAAGCAAUAUCAUCAGCUUUGGCAGUUGGCUGGCUAGAUGUUGCGGUGAAAAUGUUACGUUUGCAUGGAUCUUAUCAGCUGAAUCAGGUUGGAAGCCGUGAGAUAGAGAAUGGACUGGUUGAAGCCGUUGCUGUUCUGAUUUCAAAAAUGCCACGUAUGCGUCUUGAAUUGGCGCCCAGAAAAUUCGGUGAAUGCUUUGGAACCAAGCCGGAUUUUAUUAAGGCAUGGGAGAAAUGGCGGGGACAAAUAAGUAAGCUGGAUUGCAGUGCCUUCUGGGUUCAGUGCGAUCACCGUCAGACCAGAGAGGGCUUGAAGAAUUUGUUGCAAAUCAUGCUGGGAAAUGCUAAUAUUCUCUCCUCUGCGACAUGUCAUUGGAUGGAGCUGCAUGUUUCGUACUUGUUACACAUUAGGCCAUUUACUAUGGGUUUAGAGAGCAUGAACAACCUAGCUCAGAAAUGCAUGCAGUUUAAGCCAGUGUCUUUUCCCCACAAGUUGAUGACACUUUUGCUUGGAAUUCUAGGAGAAAAUACAGAGGUUGUCUUAGCAGAAUGUUCUAGAUCUUUCGGCCCUUGGAUGGUUGUCCAUGCUGCAGAGUUGUUGGCUGCUGGGAACACUCAAGCGGAAAUUCUUUUGCAUGAAGAGCGCCACAAUCUCAGAGGAAUUUCCAUGGAGGAGCUUCAUCGACUUGUCUAUGCUCAAGUUCUCUCUUCACAUGCAUUAACUUGGCAAAUUGCUCCUAUAUAUUUGGCAUCAUGUACAAAACAAGGAAUGGCCCUGUUGAAAAUUUUGUUGUAUAAGCAACCCAUGCACCAUAAUCAAAUACUCCUCAAGAACAUAGAGAUUUGCCGUUUGUAUGAACUUCACAAAGUUAGUUCAAAGAUGAUGAAGAUUGCUGGAGUGCACCACUGGAAGCAUGGUAAGAAAGGCUCUGGAGUCUUCUGGCUUCAGCAAGCUCGGGAUGAAAUUCGUUUAAGCACAAUUGCUCAGCAGUUAUUUGAUUUUGUUGGAAAGUCUAUCUCUGAAGAAAGUUUCAAGCAAUGGGAAGGAUUAAUUGAAUUGCUGGGUUCAGAGUCUAGGAUUGCUGGAGGUCUUGAGUUUUUGCACAAGUAUCGGGAUUUCAAGAGAUCCCUUCAGCAGGUUCAUGACGGAAUUGCUACCAACAGCGCUCAGAAAGCUGCUGAAUCCCUUAUAUUGCUUAUGAAAAACCCUUCUACACCGCAAAGGUUUUGGCUGCCUCUUCUAUAUGACUCGUUGAAAUUAUUGAAUUGGCAGGAGCAUCCUCUCUUAAAUGUCUCUCAGACUAACCUUUUGUUGAAUAAGCUGCAAGAGUUGUCUAUUGUGGCAAGGCUGCGCCCAGACUUCACAGAAGCAGACUUGCCAUCCCAGGCCCUGAGUUCUGUCAGGUUAGCUCUUGCAACUAAUCUUGGACGUGCUAUCCUGGAGGAAUGAUAUUCCAUUCUGCUUGCAUCAGAAAUUAUCAGAUAGCGAUCCACAGGGUUUUUAUUUUCCCAUCUCCAACUUCACACAUCCAUCGACCAGUGUAACAUUUAUUCGCUCUUCUGCCAAUUAAAUGACCAAGUGGUGGAAGUUUGUUGAAGUUGUUUUUGGUUUUUGGAAUUGGUCGUGGGAUGAGAGCUGUGCUAGAUGUGACGGGAGGGAAAAGCUACGCCCUUCUUCUGCCUUUGUUGCGCUUGUGUUUGCUGUUGUAAAAUUGUCAAGAGUCCUUAGCUAAUGAUGAUGCAGAAAUACAUGUCAAAGAUGAUGUGAAUAGAAAAGAAGUUAGUAUGGUAUGUAUGUUGGAGUGGUGAAGCUUGUGAAGUAAUCGCGUCUUCUGUGUUGGAGAACUUGUUAGGGUGUGUAAUGUUAAGCUACUAUGAAAUUUAUUACAAACUUUUCCGGCCAUCAUCAAA